GGGCGCUGUUUCAUGGUUUGUUGAUGCAGCGACUCAAACUGAAUCCGAGAAGAAGUGAACUUUGCUGUGAAGAUGUUGGAGUAACGACAGCUCAGCUGUCCGCCGAGCGACCGACCCAUGCCUUCAUCAUGACGCCGAGCCGCAGCGCCCCGCUCAUCGCCCUCCUGCUCGCCGCCGCCCUGCUUUCCCGGGCGCGGGGCUUCCUGAGCCCGUCGGAGGAUGACGGCGUCCCCGAGGAGUGGGUGCUGCUCCACGUGGUGCAGGGCCACAUCGGGGCGGGGAACUACAGCUACCUGCGCCUCAACCACGACGGCCGCAUCGUCCUGCACAUGCGCAGCCUGGCCGGAGACGCCGACCUCUACGUGUCGGACAAGACGCUGCACCCCAGCUUCGACACCUACAAGCUGCAGUCGGCCACCUGCGGCCACGACGUGGUGGUGGUGCCGGGGGACUUCGCCAGGCCCGUGGGCAUCGGCAUCUACGGCCACCCGUCCCACCAGGAGAGCCAGUUCGAGAUGCGGGUGUUCUACGACCAGACGGUGUCGCAGGACCCGUUCGAGAGGAGCUCGUACGCGUCGGAGGACGAGCGCGACAGGAAGAAGUCGCCUCAGGCGGCAGAGGAGGACUUUCAGGAGGAGGAGUCCAUCUUCUGGACCAUUCUGAUCGGACUGCUGAAGAUCGUGCUGGAGAUUCUCUUCUGAAAAUCUCUUCUUUUGAUGCUGAUUGAAGUGAAGAAAGUUCUGUUUGGUUUGUGGUGGAUGGGAAAAAAAGAAGAAAAAAAAAAGCUAAUUUGCUCUUAUUGUCGGGGUCAGAUGUUCGGAAUCUGACGGUUCGAUCCACAGGAGUCAAAACGACACUGAAGGCUGAGAGUCGCUGUGCUGAAUUCACCCUGAAGCCCGAAGGACCAGAGAAGCUCUGCUGCUGGCAAGGAGGAGAGCCUGGUCCUCCCGGCCGCAGGUCAAAGGUCAGCAGACGCUGUCCUGAGGGGAAAAAACUGGAAUCGGGCCAGUUCGGUGUGUUGAUGAUAGGUAGAUGAACUCGGAGUCCGUUUUCCGCCGCAGAAAGAGCUCAGCCGGCACCUGGUUCAAACAUUCCCGGUUGUGAGUCAAUGGACGUCCCUGCGACCGGCAGACGGACCGGCAGACGGACCGGCAGACGGACCGGCAGACGGAACGGCAGACGGAACGGCAGACGGAUGCCAGCUGCCUUCGAAGCGCCUUUCUUUGCACUAAAACCAACAUUUUUCUGCCCUGGACUGUCGGCUGCUCUGUGGAGAACACGGACCGAAGAUCAGCUCUGCAGCAACGUCGACGUGAGCGCCGUCCGCUGCCGCUCAGCAUGCAUUAAUGCAGCUACACACACACACACACACACACACACACCCCCCCCAGGUUUUGACGGCCUGGUCUGCAUCAGCUCCAUCUCUGUCACAUUAAACGUUCACUUUUCUGUUCAGUAGCAACACAUCACUGGUGUUUUAAUCAGAGGCUGGUGUCAAAUUACAGCGACUUGAUGCCUAUUAGCUUGAGCAGUGAAGAAGACGAAGACCUCAGCCUCUGUCAGCUGAAGCUUCAGCAUUGAAGUGGCAGCUUGACGUUUUGAGCUCUGAUGUGGAAGGCUGACCUCUGACCUCCUGGUGACGCCUGUCGGCGGCUCGUCUCUCCGUCUCUUCAGAAAAGCGCUGAGCAGUGCCUUCAGGAGGAGUCUCUCCUCCUCCGUCAGGGUUCUCAAUAAAAGCUCCUCGUUUUGCACCUCUCUCUGUGGACGUCUGUU